GGGGUCCCUGGGCACCCCAGAACACGAUUCCUCACCCCAGCACACCAGGCAGGAGGAAAUGGUGGUGCCGGGGGAGGUUUAGGCUGGAUAUUGGGGAACAUUCUUCAUGGAAAGGGAGGUGGGCACUGGCACAGUGGCACUGGCAGAGUCCCCAUCCCUGGAGGGAUUUAAGGCCAUGUGGCACUUGGGGACAGGCUCAGCGUGGCCUUGGCAGUGCUGGGCACUGCUGGACUGGGGGGCUUCUCCAAGCUCAGCAAUUCCUGAAAAGCUGGUGCUAAACGAGGCUGCUGCUGUUCCUCUCUCUGGCAGGGGGAUUACAGCUGCUCCUUCACCUACUCGGCCCAGGGCGGCACCAACGAGGCCCCAAGGGAAGUCUUAUCUCUUCUUUACCCAGUUUAAAGCUGAAGUGAAAGGAGCCAAGAUAGAGCAUGCCAUGGCUUAUUCUCAGGCUGCUGCAGGUGCCCUGAACGACAUCCCCUUAAAACAGGAGGAGUUUGGAGUCACUGAAAGCACAGUGUCUCACAGGGAAGGCAAGUUCCGUUUCGAGCUGUCCAAGCUGAUGAUUGUGGCAAAAACCCCCCGUGACGAGCUGUGAGGCCAGGCCAGCCCUGGGCAGGGGCCAUGGCCACGCCAGCACAGCAGGGAAGGCAUUUCCUGCUUACCUGCAGGGUUUUUCUUUUGGUUGACCAAACCUUUUAUGUUUUCCAUACUGCAAUGUGCUGGGGACCGACACGAGUGGGGGCUUGGAGGGCUGGGGACAGAUUUGUUCUGCCUUGUGUCAGAGUAACACCCCAGGAGGCUCCUGAUCCUCCUGUGCCCCUUCCUGCUUGGCUGAGCUGCUGAGCAGGGCAGAGCUCCCUGCAAAGGAGCUCCUUAUCUGCCUGCCUGGGAAGAGCAGUGCAGGGAGAUAAGGGGCUGGACUUAAGCAGGGCUUGCUAAAGGGAGGUUUUAACUCUGUAGUCCCUGGAGGGGAGAUGGGAUUGCUCUCUCCACCAGCGUGACAGGAGGAAAUAAUUCAUUCAGGGGGAGGGAGGGAGGGGAUUGGCCAAAGCUCUGACUCCGUGCUGAGUGUGGGGCUGGGCUGGGGGAAGGCAGAGCAGCUUAUUCUGACACAAUCAGGAAUCAAUCCAGGCAACACUUCCCCGUGUCAGCACAACCAGGGGACUAUUUUAUACCUACAGAAAAGUGAUCUUUUUCUUAUCCAGAGUAAUAACAGGGAAUGUGCAAUUCCUUUCCUGUGUAAAUACAGCACCAAUAAAGAAAUAAAGCAUCGUG